UCCUUACCUGCUCCAAUGGCGACGGCGCGAAGGUGGUCUCCUACCUGGACGCUCCCCACCAAGCCCCUCCUUUCGCCUUCGCCCUUCGCGAUACUCCUCCCGAGAGUACCUUACCGUCCGUACCUGUCUCUCAGUCGGGACGUCAACUUUCACACGCAGCCAUGCGAGCAACGGUGGACAUGUGCCGUCGAGGAUUACGAACGCAGCUGCACGUGCAGUGAAGACGUGUGCCACGAGAGUGACGCGGGGCCCGGACUGUUCUGUAUUGUGCCAAAGACGAUGGAGACGUUUGUGCUCAUACCGAAGGAGCUCAGUCUCGUGCUUACAUGCGACAAAGAAACGAAUGGACGGCGUCAGGUAACGGCUGGCGUGUGGAGCAACAGCAGGAUCACUCGGGGCACGCGGUUUCUGCCUUUCCAGGGAACCGUGCGUCUGGACAACGUUGAGGUGUUUAACACGUUGGAACAGAAGGAUAUUCGACACCGCUUCGGAUGUUACGACGAAAUUCGACAAGUGAAAUCAAAGUCGGUGAGGCAUUGUAACUGGGUGCGUUUUGUGCGACAUUCUCCGGAAUUUUGUGCUGACGUCAACCUGCUGGGAUCUCUGGUGAAAGGAGAACCUGUGUACGAGACUAUUCGAACUGUUGCUUCAAACACCGAGCUCGUCGUCUUUUACGAAGACCCCGAGGAGGACGUCGACCGCGUGCCUUUGACGCUUGUUGUGGCGAGAGAUCUCUCGCUUGCUCAGUAUAGAACUGCCAUGGGAAUGAUCCUAGAAGAUACUCCACUGGAUCUGUCGCAGUCAUUGCUAGCUUCCCCUGCUUCCCCGUCCUCCCCAACGUUAACGCAAGUUCCACGGGUGCUUAUGACGCCACCAUCUGAACCAGAGGAGAGAAGGUCCGUGUCAAGCGAAGGGACGACAGCCACGGAAGAUGUGAUUCCUGUAGAGCAACCCCGCCACGUCAUCGUAAAGAAGGGCCGGGAACGAACAUUACUUCCGUGCGAGGUCUGUGGCAAGGCAUUCGACAGACCCUCGUUACUCCGGCGACACAUGCGAACACAUACAGGAGAAAAACCACACGUGUGUGACGUUUGUGGCAAGGGCUUCAGCACCUCCAGCUCGCUAAACACUCACCGGAGGAUUCAUUCUGGCGAGAAGCCUCACCAGUGCCACGUGUGCGGAAAACGCUUCACAGCCUCUUCAAAUCUCUACUAUCAUCGCAUGACGCACUCUAAGGAGAAGCCCCACAAGUGCACACUGUGUUCCAAGUCCUUCCCAACGCCCGGCGACCUCAAGAGCCACAUGUACGUUCACAGUGGCUCCUGGCCAUUCAAGUGUCAUAUCUGCAACAGGGGCUUCAGUAAGCAGACCAAUCUCAAGAACCAUCUCUUCCUGCACACAGGAGACAAGCCGCACAUCUGCGAGUACUGCCAAAAGAGGUUCGCCUUGGCCUGCAACCUGCGAGCUCAUCUGAAAACCCACGAAGGUGAACAGCAGCAGAAGUGCUUAGGCUGUAACAAGUCGUUCUCAGCUUCCACACAUGUGCUCUCACGUGGUUACUGUCAAUCCUGCCUGGGUACUGCAGCCAGUUCCCCUCUGCUUUCCAGCAAGACUGGUGACUAUGAAUUACAACCACCGAAGUCUCCCUUGGACUCCAAUGAAGACAGCAAGAGCAGUUCACGUUCCAACCAAGAUCUCAGCGUGGGCUCACCUCCGCCCACGCCUCUUUUGUUCGGUGUCUUGGACCACAUGAUGUUACGUUAUCGUCAACAGGCACAAGCUUUCUUGCCACCAGCCCUCUCAGCGAUGAAGUUCUUCGAGGGCGCUUCCAUGCUCACACCGUAACGCCUGUGGCGCACGACUGAACUCUUGUUACAAAAGACAGUGCACAAGGACAUGACAAAGUGUAGUACAAAUAUACUACAAACUGAACAUUGAACUGGUUAUUGUGAAUAGGCCAAGGGUGUAUUUUAUUUUGGGACAUGUAAAGGGUUACUCCUUGGGGCCGUAGUUGUGCGUAGCAUCGCGUUUCGGGUCAUUAAUCGAUUGACAUCCUUGUUUGUGUUCCUGCAGUAGAAAAAACGGCACAAUUCCUGGAAGUCGCGUUACCUGGUAUGGUAGGUCUACUUUGUUAGAAGGGAAAGUGACAUAGUUACUAGAGAGUGAAAGGGAACAAAUGGCUUUGCCCUUGCUGACAAAAUGCAGCUGUUACGGCGUUGUCCGAAUUUAAGUGAUUUUUGAUAAAAUGUACAAUAUAUCUGAUAUUCAUAUCGAUUUUUCAUCAUUCUGCGAUGCUCAAAUAUCACCAACAUUUUUGUAGCGUUUCUCUACUUUCUUGGCCGAAGUCGUUUUUGGGCUUGCAGAUUUGCAGACUGUUCUCUGUCACCUGUAAAAGAAAGUUUCUAUUGAGGCCGAAGUUGUGCAGUGAACUGAUUCAAAGAUACUAAUGUUGGAAGGAUACCACGGAGAGGGUUACUUUCUAUGAAGUGGUGCAAUAUACUUUUGUAAGCAGUGUUGCAUGUUCGAUCUGUUGCCAUAGUGCCAUUAUCUAUCAAGAAGUGUUGACGAAUGUCUGUGUCAGAAGCCUUCAGCUCAGAAUCAAAAUGUACAGUGGUAUGUAAACUUUUUCACCUGUUGUAUAAUUUAUUACGUCAUAUCCUUCCCAAUGCUAUUCGUCCAAUUGUGAUAAGAUUUUCUCCUAUAAGAACGUGUCCUGCACAUUCGAACCACCAUGUGCCUUUGUGUGGUAUUGGAAAAAAAAAAAGAGAAAAAAAAAACACUUUCACCCUUCGAAAGGCGUCAAUGUGAUGGGACGCAGUAAGAAGCGUAGAGGUCAAAGGCUCCUCCAUGAGAACAUGCACAAACGGCGGCGACGCAAAUCAUCAUGAUCGAGGGUUUAAGACACUCGUACGACGAAGCCACAUCGUGCUACAGGCUGCUCUUUCGCAUGUAACCCAUGUGGUCCUUAUUCCACGGCGUGGUAGAGUAUGGGGUUGUGUCACUAACGUUCUCAGCGCACAGCGUUGCAUUAGUAUAUCGCUGUCAUCGGUCUUUGGGAUAGCGACUCCAGCCCACUACAAGAGUAGACGUAAUGCAGUAAGAGAUGUUUCCGACAUCGUUCUAGCUACGUGCGUCGUGCAGCUUGUACCUACAGUAAAUGUAAUAGCUCCUGUUGAGCACAGACUUUUCAGAAUGCAGUUUCAAACGGCGCUCACGUUUGGGAGUAAUAUUUCUUUCCUGCGGCAGCCGAGUGUAAUGUAACACAUUAAAAACGAAUCAUAGCAGAGCCGGGUACAAAGGAAGUCCGUUUGCUUCCUCGGUCGGUAAGGGUAUCUAGCCAGGUAAGAAGUAGGCUCAUAAUAUAGGCAAUAGCGAGGUAAUAAUUAUUUCAUUUGCCUUCCUAUGUUGACUCAACGCCCAACUAUAACCGAGAGUUGUAAGCACUGUCGCCAUUGUAACAGGUGAUCCCUGUUAGUAGUUGCCGUGAGGGAGAAAGAGCGCAGUGGAAAUUACGCCACUAUAUAGAUAGAACACCGUUUCAAUCACGCGUCUGGCCUUUGCGAACGUAAGGGUGAAAAUAAAGUAAAAACGAAAUAUAGAUUUGGAGACGGAAUUUUUGGCAAAUUCUUUACUCCCUCGAAGGCAACUUAUAUGAUUUUCUUCGUUAUAAUGUAGGUCGCAUAACGGUGUACCUACCUCAUAACCUGUGCCUUAAUAUACAAUGCAAUGCCAAUUCCUUUCUGAUCCAAUAAAAAAAAACAUAGAAAACCUAAGCGACUAAGGACCGACAGGAAUAACAUUUUUAUCGAUAUGGAUGGUCUGGGUAUACAGUCGUUGUAAGCUCCAGUACAGUGUGAUUCACAUGCCUGUUCGAGGAGUUAUCUAGUCUGUUUCACUUAUGUGCCUUAUAUUUUUUGUAAAACAGCCAACAUUGUUCGACAUGGCAAUAAAGUGUUUGUAAAGCCAA